UGUUCAUUUAUAAUCAUUUUCUGUCACGUUAUGACUGUUAUGUUUCUCUUUGGGGUCAUUUUGGGUCUCUUUACGAUCACUCUACAUCUCUGGUUUCUCAGUGGUCGUUUUGUGUCUGAUAUGGUCAUUUUUCAUGUCUUUGCUUUCAUUUUGUAUCUCUUUAUGGUGGUUUGUGUAUAAACAGGUCUUUGACGUUCAAACGAGAAAUAUUAGUCAUUUCAUACUGAGGCUCUGACUCAGGGCCCCCGGGGUUCUUGGGGCCCCUGGUUCCACCAUCUAUCCAUGUGCGGACGCUCUUAGACGUGGUCCUGUGUGCUUUUGCGUCUCUGGCGCCUCUAGCUGCCACACUGCGCCUGUUGAGAGAGAAACCGCAGUGAGUCUUUGUGGACCCAGGUUGUGUGAAUGAAUGGAGCAGAGCCGAUGGUUGGUCGGAGAAGGCGGCGAGACGAAGCAGCAUAUGAUUUCAACUUUAAAUGCAUGUGGAAAGUUGGUAGAAGGGAUCCGUCCACGGACUGGCUGCUCUAAGGGCCCGAAGAGGCUUCCCCCCCCCCAUAAUCCUAUUCCUGCACCGAUCUUUCUUCACCGACAAACGUUUUCGUUGGACGUCGAGGAGGUUUUUCUGUGGGCAGCCAGCAACAGGUUAUUACCAGCUUAGCGCGGCGUCCAGCUCCCAGCUGAACCUCACUCAUUAUAUGUGGUAACUUCUCGGCGUUUGAACCGAGGGAUGCGUUUUUUCCGCUCUUUUCCGUGCGUUCACUGUGCAGCUUGUGCUCGCCACGGUCCGGAUCCUACAGCCUGGGCGCACUGCGUUUUAGAAGAGGGCGACAUCAGAAAUGUGGAGAAUAUGAAAAUGCCAUAACGAAUACGGCCAGUUAGACAUUAGUGGGUGAUUAGCGCCGACACAGACCUGCGAGGAGCUGCUGUUGGUCCAGGACAUUUUUCAAGAAGGAUUGCGUGUAUAGAUGGUCCCAAACAAGCGGAUCAUGAAUUCAGUUCUGCACAAAUCGCCACCAAGGAGCUGGCUUGGCCUCAGAUUACGACUGAAUGACAAACCCGUCCAGGAGGAAGACUGGGUGGUGUGUCAGCACCCGGAGUGUCCUGACCGCCGAAGGGCCUCUAAGGUUUGCCACCACCCAGACUGCCAAGACCUGACUACCAAAAGCCCCCUUCACCUGUGUGAGUCAUGUGACUCGCGCUGCCAUUCAGAGAACACAGACAACAUGCACUUUGACCGGCACCCUCGAUUUGACCUGCAACCUCAAGCCUCCAUCCUGGCUCGGAACGUCUCCACACGGUCCUGUCCCCCGCGCACCAGCCCCCCCUCCGACCUGGAGGAAGAGGAUGACGGGAGCAGCGACCGCGGGGAGCGCAAAACAGGAGGGCUGAAGCUGGUGAAAAAGAAGCAACGGAGACGACAUACUGAUGACCCCAGUAAGGAGUGCUUCAGCCUCAAGUUUGAUCUCAACGUGGACAUCAACACAGAAAUUGUACCUGCAGUGAAAAAGAAAACACUGAGAGAGGUGCUCGGGCCAGUGUUUGAAAGAAACGGCAUUGAGCUGUCCCGGGUCGACUUGUUCCUGGAUCAGUCCAACACACCUCUGUCCCUCAGUUUUGAGGCUUACCGGUUUGGAGGACAUUACCUCAAAGUUAAAGCACGACCAGGUGAUGAGUUGAAGGUGGAACAGGGUGUGAAGGACCUGAGGUCAUUCAGCUUGCCCAACAUGAAGCCCUCCGGAGGUCAGAGCCCCUACAUCCUCACCCCAGGCAGCGAGAGGGUGGAGCAUGGCUCUCUGGGACGCAAAGAAAGCGUCGACCUGUUGGGUCAGGCGCGACGGAGGAAGAACAUGACAGAGUUCCUUGGGGAGACGAAUAUUCCAACCCCGGAUGCGCUGGGACAGAUGGGUGGCUCAAUGCCCAGUGUUGGGGCCGGGCCAGACAGAUGGAAGAACCGCGCUGCCAGUCGCUUCAGCUCCAACGCCGGAGCGGGGUCCUUCGGAAAGGAGGUGGACCGUCUGGAGCAGCUUCAGAGCAAGCUCCACUCGUACACGUUGUUCGGGCUGCCCAAGGUGCCCCGGCAGCUCUCCUUCCACAAGGACUCCUGGGAGGAGGAGGAGGAGGAGGAGGUGAGCAACCUGGUCCUGGAGGACAGCUGGCAGAUGCUACUGGACAACUCAGAGACAUUGACAAGGCGACAGUUCCACCAGCAGGAGGCAAUAUGGGAGUUGCUGCACACAGAAGCGACCUACAUAAAGAAACUCAGGGUUAUCACUGAUCUGUUCUUGUGCGGGCUGCUGACCCUACAGGAGAGUGGCCUGCUGACAGAGGUGGAGCCUGCCAAACUGUUCAGUAACAUCCAGGAGAUUGUCCGCCUUCACACGUCCUUGUGGAACCAGGUCAUGGUUCCGGCCCUGGAGAAGGCCAGACAGGCCCGGGCUCUGCUCGACCCCACUGACCUCCACCACGGCUUCAGGACGUUUGGCGCCAGGUUCCAGCCCUACAUCCAUUACUGCAUGGAGGAGGAGAGCUGUAUGGAGCACAUGCGCAUGCUUCUCAGGGACAACGAGCUCUUUAGGACCUAUAUCACGUGGGCAGAGACCCAUAAGCAGUGUAACCGCCUGAAGCUGGCCGACAUGUUGGCAAAGCCUCACCAGAGACUGACCAAAUAUCCACUCCUACUGAAGAGUGUUCUCAAGAAGACAGAUGAGCCGUCUGUUCGUGACGUUGUCAGCAGCAUGGUGGCCACAGUAGAGGGCUUCAUCAACAGCGUGGACUCCCAGAUGCAACAGCGACAGGAGCAACAGAAGCUGGCCACCAUUUCUGGCCGUAUAGACUCCUAUGAGGCUGUAGAGGGCAGCAGUGAAGAAGUGGAGAAGAUCCUCAAGGAGUACAACCGCUUCGACCUCAUGGCUCCCAUGAGAGGAAUAUCCCCGGAGGAGACUCGACAACUGCAUCUAGAGGGAGCACUGAGGAUGAAAGAGGGCAAAGACAGCAGGAUGGAGGUCUACUGUUUCCUGUUCACUGACCAGCUGCUAAUUACCAAGCCAGUAAAGAGACUGGAGAAAGUCAAAAUCAUCCGCCAGCCUCUCCUCAUUCACAAUGUAGUGUGUAAGGAGCUCAAAGACCCCGGAUCUUUCAUCCUCAUCUACCUCAAUGAGUUCAAGAGUGCUGUGGCAGCCUACACGUUCCAAGCCAACAGCGCCACCCAGGGGCGAAGCUGGAUCGAUGCAAUCUGCAAUGUCCAGAACCAGCUCCAGAGGCUUCGUACUGCAGAGGUCCUUCGGCAGCAGAGCGCUCUGAAGAGAUGUACGGAGCGUGAGGAAGAGGACGAAGAUGAGAGCAGCAACUCCACUACAAGUUCCCCAUGCCUCAGACACAAAGACCAGCAAAACUCGAGCCAAUCAGAUGGUUCCACCGAGACCCUGUCAGUUAUGGACAUUGAUGAACCAGGUGAACACCAAGAGCCUCCAGCCCCCAUAAUGAACUCUGAGGAGACCAUCCAGGAAGACUUGAACUCUCUUGUGGGCCCCCUAGCCGACAGGUCUGAGCUCCAGCAGGCUCAGUCCACGAACCCCGACACGGUCCUCUCCAGUAUUUACUCUGAGCCUGACAGCGACGAGCUCGACCCCCAGUGUCGCUCUCUCUCCAUGGACAGUGCCUAUGGUACCCUCUCUCCUGAAUCCCUCCGCAGAGAACUUCAGUCACAGCCUGGCCAGAGUGAAGCCGAGGAGACUGAGGAGGAAGAGAGAGAUCAGGACCAGGGCCAGGAGGUGGAGCAGGAAGAGGCAGAAGCAGAGGAAGAAGAAGAUGAGCAGGAGGAAGAAGAAGAAGAAGAAGAGGAUGAGGAGGGGGAGGAAGAGGAAGAGAAUGCCUCAUUGGGGUCCCAGCUGUCAGUAGUCCAGUCCUGUAAGCCCCGCCGGCGGCCUCAUGUUCAGCCACGACUCCACUGCCUCGAGAAGCUGUCCACUCUGACCUUGUCCCGCUCUGAGGACAAUCUCCUGCAGCACUUCCACGGUAAACCCCCCCUGUCCCAUACACACUCACUCAACUCAGAGGACCAGGACCAGUCACAGUGUAGGGACAUGGACACGUCAUCACUGACACACAGUAAGAGCCUGUCAGAGCUGGGCCUAAACUGCAUGGAGCAGCUUUCCAGUGACCUCGGCCAGUCUGAUGAGUGCUUGAGUAUGAGCAUGCCGUCUGACAAACUCUGUGCCAGCCUGAGGAUGGCAGAGGCCAGGCAUGAGCACAGGGCUGCUGCAAGACAGUGCGAGUCCCCGAGCAACAGCUCAGAUGGGGAAACGGUUCCUACUGCCUGUGUAGAAAACGAGUCAACGGCCACUGGUGAUUCAGGGGACGUGAUGCCCCCAAAAAAGAAAUCUCCAGCCCAGAAACACAAGAAGCUGACACUAGCUCAGCUGUAUAGAAUACGCACCACUCUGGUCCUCAACUCCACACUCACUGCAUCGGAGGUAUAACCGCUCUAACAGCUGACUAAGGGCAUGUGGACAUUAGGAGGAACAACACUUGUUUUGCAUGGAUAGACUGAAUUUCACAAGACACAAAUGCACUCUCGCUCUUCCUGCCCUCUCCCUUCCUGUUGCGGUUGGACAGUAGCAGCAUCUUUACAUUCGGGCAAUAAUAGUUUAUUUUGCUAAUGCAUUGGUUUCUGAAUUUUUCGGGUGGAACGGAGAGGCAGAGAGACUAACUGCUUGCACUUUGCAAUGGAAGUAGCAUUAUGGGGGCUGGAACCUUAAUGUGGAUUUGGGGGGUUGCAGGGCAUGGACAUGCUGCCCUUGCAGAAAGAGGAGACAUCCAGACAGAGGUCUUCAAAUCUUCCCCCCUGCACUCUUCUCUGAAGAGGAGGUGGAACUGAAUCCUACAACUUCUCCAUCAUAAAAAGGGACACCAAGUCUUGAAAUGCUCUCUACGUGUGGUUAAAUAAACCAAAACAGCACCUGAGACAUACACUACCCCUGAUUUGCUUCAACAAAAAGAAAAGAAAAUUGCACAGUUAUCUUUAAGUAGAAGAAUCACUAAGGAGUGACUUUACAUUUACAGUGACAGUGAAUUUGAAUUUGUGUACUGUUUGUGUACAGAUGUGUGUGCAUGUUUGGGUGAAUGUGGAUGAAUGUCUGUCUGAAUGAAACGCACUCCUUAAGUCUUGACUGAACCAAAACAGAUUCCUCCGAAUACGCUAGCACACCCAAAGAUUGAAGACAUGAGUAGCUGGUAGAUUCCAAACAUACACACAAAAAAGAAAAACAGAAGUGUAGCCAAAGAGCGAGCAGCCCAAUGCAGCCAGUCAUGAAACAGCUGCAUUACCACAGAGACAGACUUUCCCUCCUUACCGUUAAUCUUUUGGAUGAACUAAUGCCAUUUGAUAUGCUGAACUAAUAAUGGAUUUCCUAAAACAAUGACUGAAUAUGGGUGACUAACCCUGUUUUCAGUACACUCACCCUUGAGGCCUAAAUGUAUUAAUCCCACAUGCACAGGUGCACAGACAAGUACAUGUCACAGCUAAAACAACAACAAAAGUCUACACUUGAGUAAUGCCUGUGCUGGAGUACCUUUCUCUCAGAUACUUCAUUUUGUGUUUCAUCACGAUGUUAACAUUAACGAGAGACGGAAAAGGUUUGGGUUGGAUAUUCUGUAGUGAGCGAGUCUGCAGAGCAUGAUUUACGAUACUUAUCUGUCACACUGAUGUUCAGCUUUUCAGACUGCUGAUUUAAAACCUUAAUUCAAAUUAAGUCCACACCACACUAGUCAACUGUUUACUUCUAGAUUUUUUUUGUUUGUUUAUGUGUAAUAUUUAUUAUGCCUGCUAAGUUUUAUGUAUAAAAUGUUUAUAUUGUUUGCCUCCAUGUUUUGUACAAUGUUUUGUUGACGUAGUCUUAAUUUUUUCUUGCCAAGCAUGAAUGUGCUUAAAACCAAAAUCUUGUGUUUUGUCAUUCAGGAGUGACUUUAAAGUGACUUACUAAAUAAAAAUGCUU